AUGGCUGCACCUGUCCAAGUGCGAGGCGAUGGAUGGUGCAUAUCAGUGCAUUGGUGUGUAAAUGCUCCAAUUGUGCUCUCUACCCCCUCCCUCUUUCCCUCCUCAGACCCCUGCUAUGGAGUCAAGUGCCCCGACGUCUCCAAGUGCACGGUGCAGAACGGUGCAGCGGUGUGCAAAUGCCCGGCGCCCUUCAAGCGGCUGAUCAACAACCAGUGCUCGGCCGCCGCUCUCGCCCACUCGGACUACUUGGACCAACACAACGCCGUCAGGGCCGCUGUGGGCGCCGUGCCCCUCGUGUGGGACGAUGUCCUGGCAACAAGGGCCAGGGCAUGGGCAAUUACACUGACAACGAGGGAGCACAACUGCCGGCUGCAGCACGGCGGCACCAGCGACGAGGGGCAGAACCUGUCGAGCGCCAACCCCAGCGGAUGGGUGUCGAACGAUGAAGCGGUGCGCUGGUGGGUGGACAAGGCCAAGUGGUACCAACUGGACGUCUUCCCCAACGGCUGUGCUGACGGGGCCAAGUGCGGCCACUACACGCAGGUGGCGCGUGUUGGAUGUGUGGCAUGUGGAAUGGUGGCAUGUGGAAUGGUGGCAUGUGGAAUGGUGGCAUGUGGAAUGGUGGCAUGUGGAAUGGUGGCAUGUGGAAUGGUGGCAUGUGGAAUGGUGGCAUGUGGAAUGGUGGCAUGUGGAAUGGUGGCAUACCCAUGCAGGGGGGCGAGCAGGUGUGCAGGGGACCUGGUGUGUGACGGCUCCUCUGGAGCAGCGCAGUGUGUGUGCCCCCAGGGCACCGUGCUCACCGCUCCCAACAUAUGCCUGGGUGAGUUCUGGUCCAGGGGCAGAGAGUUUCAAGGGGCCUGA